GAGAAAGUGAUUCAGAGGAGAUUGUUAUUAUAGAUGAAGAUAAUAAAAGAUUAGAAGAUGAGAACAAUAUGCAAGAUAUGGUAUAUGAUGUGUCUCUGCCCUGUGCCACAGUGCUGCAAUUGGAGGUUGCUAAACCCCCAUCACUCGUCCAUACAGAAAUAGCUCAUUUACAGGAUGAAAUUCCAAUCACCGAAGUGCCUGAUAGUCUUAAUGUGGAUUUAGUGACACAGCUGUCAACAGACACAAUUAAUAAACAUCUGUUAAGAGUUGAGGAUACACUUAGAGCUUACAAUUCAAACAAAGAUGUCAUCCAAAUAAUAUCUUCGCCAAAUUUAUUCUCUUCUGGAAGAAAAUUUGGACAAAAAUUGAGCAUGAACUGGAAUCAACAAAUCAGGCACAGAUAACAAAGAAAAUAAAUAAAGAGUUGUUGAAUUUAAAGAAGUUAAACUUUUAGCAUAACAUUUAAAACUAUAUAUUUACUUUUUUGGUACUGGACUUGAUUCAUUGGGAUAUAUGGUGUCGACGUGGUGCUAUGGAAACGCCUCAACACGGAAACGCCUCAACACGGAAACGGAC